GUUUAUAAACUGUGGUCCUAUUGGUGGCAAUUUUAUGGUUUUCUGGUUUCUAUUCAAUGAGUGUUUACUACUGCUCUAUGAUCUGUCAAAAUAUGUUCGAUUGAGUAGUCGUUAGUUGAAUGGAAAGUUGUGUUCUCAUAUUAUAAUAUUAUUGAGUGUUAACUUCUUUUAGUUUUUGUGGCGGUAUACCUUUGUGACUGUUUUUAACAUUUCGGAGGACACGUAAAUCCGUAUUAGUAUUGUCGAAUUAGAGUAUUUUUAAAAGACCAAAUGAAAAUUAACAUAAUGUGUGUGCGCUUUUCAUCACUUAGGUGACCAUGAUUUUUCUCGAUAUUUUAAUAUUAUUGAGUGAAGAAAUAGGUUUUUUCAUUCAACUACUUCUGCUUUUUCCUUGCCACUCUUAGUGAGAAUAAAAAUCUGUGAUAUAUUUAAAUAAAGGUGUUCGUAUUUGAAAAUUGAGAAGAUGCAGCGUUGGUUCUUUUUAGAAGACCCAGAGAACGCACAGGCGAGAUAUCACAAAGAUGAAAACCCCAGUGAGUCUCUCAACUUAUCGUCUAAAUUUAUUUACAAAAAAUGGUUGUUCAGAGCAAUUGUUCCACCUUUGAAUCCUGAAGAAACAUUAUGUGUUACUGGUAGUUCAGAUGAGCUAGGAAACUGGCAACCCAAUAAAUGUGUUCCACUCGAGAAAGAAGAGUCAGAUAUUUGGUCCAUUUGUUUGGACAUACCUGACAACAAAAAGGUGGAGUAUAGGUUUUGUGUAUGUGUUGUUAUUGAACCUGGUCUCCAAGUAAUUGUGAGAAAUUGGGAAACAGCAAUUCAUCCUAGAGUUAUAGAUACUGAUGGGAUCAGUCCCACUAAGGAUGACGUACCCUUGUGUUAUGGGCAAAUACAUUCUCAAGAGAAAAUAGAUAGAGGAUGGUUGAACAAGGAAACGGUUAUACAAUUGAAAUUAUGUAAUAAUCCUUUAACUCUUUGGAGACCUAAAUAUUUGAAAAGAAGAAUUUUUAUUAAAGUGACUCCUGUGACUUUGCAACGUCAUCAAAAUAAUAAUAAUACAAGUAAUAAUUCUUUAGGAUUUGAUGAUUCAAGAAGUACUGAUACAUUGGAUAUUGAAAAUGGCCCAAAGCAUUCUUAUACAGAAGUAGCAAGUUUGGAUGAUGAAGAUCCUAGUUUUCAUGUUCAGGAACAAUUUGGAAAGGAAUACCACGAAGAUGAAAUGCUUAUAUUUCAAUCAACUGUGCUUUUUCCCAACAAUAUUGCUUUCUUGAUUGAUUUAUACAUUUAUAGCUCACAAAGUUCCGAAGGAGAACCCCCAUAUCAUGCUGGGUUCAGCUACUUGUUACCGAGUACAUUGCAACAGAGCGAAGGAUCAGCAGUCCUUCCUGUUACAAGUACCAAACAAAGACCAUUAGGACAAAUUCGUGUAAAUUACCUUGUGAUAAAACCAUUGCCCUUUCCCUGUGAUAUGAGUAGAACCUAUCAAAGACACUGGGACAGACGAAGAGCAGGACUUGAUGUAGGACACAGAGGCUCUGGAUCUAGCUUCAAAACCCAGAAUUGUGCAGAAGUGAGGGAAAAUACUAUAGCUAGCAUGAAAAAUGCCAUCCAUUUUGGGGCAGAUUAUGUUGAGUUUGAUGUUCAGCUGAGUAAAGACAUGAUUCCUAUUAUUUAUCAUGAUUUCCAUGUUUGUAUUGCAAUGAAAAAGAAAAAUAAUAUGACCGAAUCUGAUAUGCUAGAGUUGCCAGUGAAAGAGCUCACAUUUGACCAACUAAGGAUGCUGAAGGUGUACCAUCUCUCAGAAGGAAAAUCGAAAAACCCCAGAUUUUUCGAUGACGAUCAGGAGGAGCAUCAACCUUUCCCAACCUUACAGCAGGUGCUGGAGGUAUUGAGUCCCCACGUGGGUUUCAACAUCGAGAUAAAAUGGACCAUGCAAUUGUACGAUGAAUCCUAUGAACUCUAUCAUCCUACCGAUCUCAAUCUCUACUUGGACACCAUUCUGGAAGUGGUUUUGAAAUAUGGCGGCAAGAGGAGGAUUGUGUUUUCCUGUUUCAACGCAGAUGUUUGCUCGAUGAUAAGAAUGAAGCAAAAUAAGUAUCCUGUGAUGUUCCUGACACAAGGAGAGACUAUCAUGUAUCCUAAAUAUUUUGAUCCAAGAUGCUGGUCGAUAAGGUCUGCAGCACAGUAUUCAACCAUGAUUGAAAUUUUGGGUAUCAAUGUUCACACAGAGGAUUUGCUCAGGGAUCCUUCUCUGAUACGUCAUGCAACAAGCAGAGAUCUCAUUAUAUUUUGUUGGGGUGACGAUAACUCUAAUCCAGAUACCAUAAAAUUCCUCAAAGAAUUGGGUUUACACGGCGUGAUCUACGAUAAGAUGUAUCAGUAUAAUAGCAAAGAAAUCAAAGAGAGCAUUUUCCUAGCCGAGGCAAGGGAGUCGCAUAAAGUUUUAUUGAAAGUUGCUGCUCUAAAUUCUGAGAAUCCGACUUCUCCACCACCACCUACCCAAGUUUUACCAGAUGGUACUAUCGAUAUUGACAAGAUUCGACAGAAUAUGGGUGAUAAAUUGUCAACUGCGACGUCUUUAGAGAGUUUGGAAAGUCGUAUGUCAGAUUACGACAAAUCAGAUGUUGUAUAGAUGACUUGCCUUCAUCUCUUGUACACUACAGGCAAAAAAAUAAAUUUUUUCACUAUUUCUGAUUUGAAUGCUUUGGUACAAGUAAAAUAGAGAAAACUGAAGUAGUUGAACAUUGUGAAAAAUUGAAACUACAUAAUUUAUUUAAAGUUGAUUUCUGAAUAUUGUGAUGCCCAAUUUUAUUAGUUUUCUCCAUUUUUCUUGAUAAUCUGAUGUUUCAUUGAUAUAUCUUGGAUUCUUCAAUAUCACACUUGAGAAAUAAUUUUUACAUUUUACAAUUCUUCUCUUUCUUCUCUAUUUUUACAUUCAACAUUUUUAUUGAUGAAUACCAUUUUAUAAUUAUAUUUCUACUAGCAUUAUAUUAUAUUCGAAGUAUUUUUUGAUGGUUUCAGUAUUUUUCUAAUUGUUGAAUAUUGUGUAGUGGGUGAUUAGAUAAUUAAUGGAAAUGAAGGGUUACCAUAAUUUAAACCAUCAAGGCUCAAGAAUGAAAUGUCACAAAAUCUUAAGAAGCGAUAUAAAGUACAAUUUCUGUUAUAGAGAAGACUGAUUCUUGACAAAAUACUAUCGUGAAAAUACUCUUAGUUAGAUUUUUGCAAAUAAGAAUUUCAAAUAAUAUAAUUUCUUUUGGUGAUGGUAUAAUGAGUGGAAUCUUUAUUUUCAAUUAAAAUAUUUAAAUUGAUUUUAGUGUGAUGAAGUGCAACCUCUAUUUUGAUAUGAAUUAAUAUUUUUCUCAAAUUGGAUUUUCACUAAGCAUUAUCAAUUUUAUAGGAAUACGAAAAAUGACAUUUAGGAAGGAAGAUUUUCUAUAAUUAAUGAUAUUUUUCCUACAUAAAAAUUAUUCCGAGUAAUAAUUCUCUUUAUUUAUUUCUUUAUUUUUAAAACUUUUUCCAUGUUGAGUGAGAUAAUAGGUCAUAUACAGGGUUAGAGGGUAUUUAGAGGGCCACUACCGGGAUAUCGAAAACCGUUAGAGAUACAGGGUGGCUUAAAUUACAAAAAUGUUGCGUUAGUUAGGGAUGAGUGUGUUGGUGUGAACAUAUUCGAAAUAUCUCCAAUGGUUCCUGAGAUAUUCCAAAAAAUCGAAAUUUUCUUUUUUUCUGUAUAACUUAUUUGUUUUUGGAGAUAACUCCACGAAAUUGUGUCGUCAGAUUUUUUCUGUUUUCCAUUGUUUCAGAGACGCGAUAGUCAAUUUUUUUUUCUUAUAGAUGCCAUAUUGGUUUUUCUUAUGAGGUGAUGAAGAAAAAAAAUUCAAAUUUAAACAAUCUAUCACACUCUACAAAAAUAUCGAGUCUAGGUACUCUAAUUUGAAGAGUUGUUAUGUGAAGUCAUCACUUGACUAUCAAGUCUCUGAAACAAUGGAAAACAGAAAAAAUCUGAAGACACCAUUAGUAUCUCUAUAUUGGGUAAUGGUUAUGAACCAAAUUUCGUGGAGUUAUCUCCAGAAACAAAUGGGUUAUACAGAAAAAAAUGAAAUCUCGAAUUUCAGUUUUUUCGAGAUAUCUUCAGAACCAUUGGAGAUAUUUCGGAUCUGUUAAGACCAACACACUAAUCCUUAAAUAAGGCAACUUUUUUGUAAUUUAAGCCACCCUGUAUUUCUAACGGUUUUUGAUAUCCCUGUAGUGCCCCUCUAAAUUGUUCUAACUAACCCUGUAAAAUAAAAAAUUAAAUUUCAUUGGAGUUCCGAAAUUUAGGGUGAAUUUAAAAUGAUACAGGGUGCAAAAACAAUUCAAGGAAUGAUUCUUGUCGAUAACUAGGGGAUCUUUUACAUAUGGAAAAAAUUAUUUAGCCACCAUGCACUUGUUGAUAUAUUUUUUUCAGGAAUUGUUAAUUUUUGCGAAAAAAUUCCAAAGGAUCUCAUAUGUUUAGGAUGAAUCAAGCUAUCUAGAAAGAAUUUUUUAAUGGUACGAUAUGAAAAAGGAAAUAAGGUUUAGGGGUGUUUUUCGCCUUUGAACAAUCUAUUUUUUUGAAUGUCGUCUGGUUUUCAGAAUAUGUCCACUUAAUUCUUUUUUUAUAACUUUUUUGUUUUGAAGAGAAAAUAAAAAUUUGACUUUUUGGAGUCUUUUUUUGGUGGCUGUAUCGCAGCAGUUUAGGCGGAUGAACAUUUUUUAUAAAGGCCCCUUGUUUGUUUUCAAAGAAUCAUUCUUUGAAUUUUCAAGUACUCAUUUAUUUAUAUUUUUUCCUAAAGCGAAUUUUUCAUCAAAUUGAGUUAUAUUAGUUGAUCUUACAACCUUUGAACUUGUGAUUUACAAAAUACCAAUUGUAUUGUAAUAAUAUAGUAACUGAUAUUGAUUGAUUUAUAUGAGUUGUUGCAUUAUUUAUAUUUUGAUGUAAAAGCCUUGAAAUUUUCCAACUAAAAAAACAAUAUUUUUAUGUGCAAAUGAUUAUCUAUGUUGGAUAUUUUGGGGUUUAAAAAUGUUAAAUUUAUCAAAUGACAUAAUAAAUAAUAACUAAUUAGAUUAAUUGAAAAGUAGUAUAAAUUGAUAUUAUCAGCUUCUCAAAUUUUCUAUUAGUAGCUUGGGUUGUGGAGGGGCUACUACAUUCAUAUAGGUAAUAAUUGCAAUUGUGAAAGACAGACGAGUAUUAUAUUUCAGGUUGAAAAAAAGAGUGAAGCAACUUAUAACGUUAUACAAUAGAGAAAUCUACUUAUUAAAUUUAAUUAUGAGCUUUGCUUCACAAUAAAUUGUACCAAAAAUAUAUUGAUAGCUAAAUAUAGAAGAAUUGGGAAAUUUGUCUAUUUCUAUGAGCCUUUGAAGGAAGGAGAAAAAAUUCAGAAAAUAUUGAAUUCAAAUUAUUGUUUUUGAGUGUUUGAAAGCAAAGGUAUUUUCUAAAUGCAGGUAGGGCUAUUUUGAAAAACGCUUAUUGAUGCAAAAUUUCAGAUCAUUUCAAAUAUAUUAGUUUUGAAAAUUAUCUUCUUUAAUUUUAUUUGGAAUGGAUUUACACUAACUGAAAUUGAUUUUCCAAUCAUUUUUUUUUGUAUUUACAACAAUUAAAUUUUUCUAUGUGCAGUUUUGUUCGAGUCAGCCUGAUUUUUAUAUUAUGAAUUUAAAUAUUACAGACACCGUUAUUUUCACUAUUUUCCAUUCGCAAAAUCUAAUCGUUGGAUUAUUUCAACUUAUUAUUGUUCUCGUUACGGGUGUUCGAGUUUACUACACAGGUAAGAGUGUUGGUAACCGGGAAUUCAGUCAAUAUUUCAACAAAUCUAGCUCCUGUCUUAUUUUUUAUGAAAUGUAGUAGCGAAAAUUUGUUAUUAAUUCAUGUUGUUUAUUAUAGAUUUUUAUAUAUAGUAGUAAUGAAUUAUUUAAAUAUAUUAUUUAUUUUUGAUUGAGUUAAAGCACGUUCAGUAUGUUUUCAGCUGAAUUCAGAUUCUACGUGAGGCCUUAUCCCAGUGAUGCUGAAAUGGCGAUACAACUGUGAUAUUGUUAACUAUUAAAGUACAACAUAAUGAUAUGUAUUGUAAUAAGGGCUGUGAAAGAUUUGCAUAUCAAUAAAGCUUGAAAGUAU